AUGGGUUGCUCUCAGGAGCUCAGUGAAUUCAAGCGUGACACCGUGAUUGGUUGUCACCUGUGCAAUAAGUCCAUCCGUGACAUUUCCUGGCUACUAAAUAUUCCACGCUCAACUGUUAGUGGGAUUAUAACAAAGCAACUGGGAACAAGAGAAGUCGCCAACUGUCUGCAGAGUCAAUAGCUAACGACCUCCAAACCUCACGUGGCCUUCAGAUUAGCACAACAACAGGAACUCUUAAGGCGUCAGCACACCAAGACAUUUUGGACAAUUUCAUGCUCCCAACUUUGUGGGAACAGUUUGAGGAUGGCCCCUUC